UUGAGAUCUGAUCUUUCUUCAUCUGUCGAGGCGCUUUAUACAGUUUUGUCAAAAUGCUCCCUCGCGGCGAUCAUGGCUAAUCAGCCGAUCAACCCCAAGACGAACAACCCCGUCCGUCCUGAGCACCUCCAUCCGCCGACCACUCUUCCCCUCCGACACUGCUCGCACAAUGAAGAAGAUACUCCGAUCGACGAAGUCGAGUGUCUCCUGUCCCUGCUCUGCCCGAACAAGGAGACCAUGCGCAACAAGGAACACUACACCCUCGCCACGGCCGACCCGCCGUCGGUGGAAGCGACGACGAUGACGACACAAAACAGCGACUCCGCGAACCCGAAGAAGCGGAAACGGACCGAGGACUUGCAGGCGGAGCUGAACAAACACGCCAGCGCUCUCCGAGCCGGGGCGCGCUCCAUCCCCGGUGUACCCAUCAUCUACGUGAAGCGCUCCGUCAUGAUCCUGGAGCCGAUGAGCGUGCCCUCGGAGAAGGUGCGACUCGGGGUGGAGAAGGGCAAGUUCAAGACGGGCGUGGAGGGCGCGCUGAACGCCGCUGGCGGGAAGCGGAAGAGAGAGGAAGACGAGCAGCCGAGGCAGCGCGGCCUCAAGAAGGCCAAGGGACCGAACCCGCUGAGCGUGAAGAAGCCCAAGAAGAGGGAGAAACGGCGACCGGAGGAUCAAGGGAGGAAGCAGAAGAUGCAGAAGAUGAGUGAAAAUGCCGAAGGCGGGACGACUGCACAUGGGACGGGCUCGGAGGCCGAGUCGACGACGAAGUCGAAGCGGAAGAGACGACACAAGCACUCUAAAACUAAAGGAGAUAGUAGGAGUAAUAAUAGUCCUACUACUGCUGAGACAGCCGGGGCAGAGGGUUCGGCAGCUUCCGCUCCUGAUGCCAAGGGUGACGCCGCGGAAUGA